AACGCACUGUAAUGACCAAACAACAGCUGAGACAAAAGUAGAUCCGUCGCCGCGUCGAGUACGUCUGCGUCAUUCAAAGUCGGCAGCGACAUUUCGUACGUCCGUGCAUUGUCCAGUGUGGCGUGGUGUGCUGUGUGAUGUGCUGUGAAUCAAUUGGUGUGCGUCCAUCAAAGAAAUCAUGCUAAUAAAUGGCUGCAGCAGUACCACCAUCGAUCAUCGUUGUGUGCGCACAUUGAUUGAAGUUCUAUCGUUCGAGGUUCACCGAUGCCGUGUGAAGCAAUUGUAGUUUCACAGCUGAUACAAAUCUCCCGGCCAAACCAAAAACAGAAGAAAUGACAGUGAUCAAUGCAAAUAAGUGAAUGGAAAAGUUUUGAUGAUUAUGCAACGCGUGUUUUACUGCCCACCGUGUGGCAAAUUAACGUGUCCGACUGUUAUUGUGGUAACAGCCAGCAGCUGAUCGUCGUCGGGCAGCCGACAGGAAUUUACCGGAUCAUCACCCACAAUCAGCAGCGCGGAGAUCGUGCGUCCCUAAUUAAUCGCCAUCGCAUUUUAAUCGGUAACGAUUGAGCUCAAGCCGGAUUGGUCGGCCGAAAUCUGUGGCACAAUUUAACUAUCUACGGAAGGAAGCAGCAACAGCACCACGGCCGCACUGGAACCGGGAACCCGAUCGAACUAUUUUUUAUCAGCGUCUAAUCUUACGGUGAACGAUCGCAUCAUCGAUUUGACAAACGCAACGCGCCAAGUUUACCAGCGUUUCGUGGCUGUGGCGGGACGUUAUGCAAGCGUGAACAAGUGAACCAUUUUUCGCUGCUCGUCGAUGCCGGACAGCGACGCCGUGUGAAAAGAAUAUCGUUGCCAAUCGAGGUCGCGUCACCCUUCAGGACGCGGAUAAACGUGUCACAACGACGUUUGACUUGUGCUGUGAGCAACAACAACAACAACAGAGAGACAAAAAAAUCACCACAUCGUGCGCUGUACUUUUACAGUACACUGCUGCAGCCCAGUUGGCAACAGUAUGAUCAAUCAAAAAGCGCCUCUCGAAGAUGGCAGAACAUCCAAAGAAAAACCGCAGUACAGUGAGCUGUCGUAUCUCGUCACCCGGCAGUGCCUGCAGCGGGAAGACCUUAAUCAGCUUUCACAGUACGAUAGACUAAAGCCGACUGCACUCGAUUCACUAGGAGCGUCCGUGCGAAGCGUCAAGUGCGUUUCAGCGAUCAAAGGAUUUUUUCCGAUCCUACAAUGGCUUCCAAAGUAUUCGAUCAAAAACGAUCUGCUCAGCGAUAUGACUGCCGGCUUGACGGUCGCUGUACUUCAAAUACCUCAGGGAAUGGCGUACGGAAUACUGGCAGGAACUGCCGCCAACGUCGGUCUCUACAUGGCCUUCUUUCACUGUCUGGUGUAUGCUGUGUUCGGUACGUCGCGCCACAUAUCCAUGGGAACGUUCGCCGUUACCAGCCUGAUGACUGCCAAAAUAGUCGCAACCUAUUCGACUGUUGUACCGACACUAGCGUCAAAUGGAACUGAUGGAAUAGUACCGGACUUGACUCCAGCCGGGGAUGCCAUAUAUACACCGAUACAGGUAGCUACAGCAGCAUCCUUCGUGGCGGGAGUGUUUUACUUCAUCAUGAGCGCUGCGCGAUUAGGAAUCCUAUCAUCCCUGUUGAGUGAACCACUGGUCAGUGGUUUCACGACGGCUGCUGCCGUUCACGUGAUGGUUAGCCAGCUGAAGGAUCUGCUCGGCGUAUCCAUACCACGCUACAAAGGUACCUUCAAGGUGAUCCUUUCGGUGCGCGACAUAAUCGAUCAAGCACCGAACUCAAACCUCACGGCCGUCUACACCUCGGUGGUUGUUAUUCUGUUCAUGAUAUUCAUGAACGAAUACUUUAAACCUUGGCUAUCCACCAAGUGCCGAUUCCCAGUGCCCGCCGAACUGAUGGCCGUCGUCGGUGGUACCGUGGCCUCAUAUUUAAUUGGGCUCGGUCCGAACUUCGACGUGGGAUUGGUUGGGCUGAUACCGACCGGCCUUCCAGCACCGGAAUUCCCACCGCUCGCGCUCAUAAAGGCCGUCGCUGUCGAUAGCAUAGCAGUAACGAUUGUCGGCUAUUCGAUCGUCAUGUCGAUGGGGAUGAUCUUCGCGCAGAAGGAGAACUACGAAGUGCGCCCUAACCAGGAGCUAGUCGCGCUCGGGUUUACCAACAUUGUGGGCUCCAUGUUUUCAUGCAUUCCUACCGCCUGUUCUCUGUCGCGCUCCUUGAUUCAGCAUCAAACGGGAGGAAAAACGCAAAUAGCUGCCGUCUUCUCUUCCAUGAUCCUGCUGGUCGUGCUGCUCUGGAUUGGCCCAUACUUUGAGAGUUUGCCUCGGUGCGUACUGGCCGGCAUCAUUGUCGUCGCGCUGAAAGGCAUGCUGAUACAGGUGUACCACAUCAAAAAGUUCCGCCGUGAAGGCAGUCUCGAACUGUUCGUAUGGUGCGUAACCUUUCUUUCGGUCGUCAUCAUCGAUAUCGACAUCGGACUGCUGAUCGGGGUGGUGAUUUCGCUAAUUUCACUGUACGUGAAGGGUUGGAAAACUUACUACAGUCUGCUUGGAACCGUCCCCGAUACCGCUAUCUACGUCGACAUCGGAAGUCACCUGCGGGCCGAAGAGCUGCCGCAUAUUAAAAUUUUCAAGUACACCGGUUCCAUCAAUUUUGCCAACAAGAACAACUUCAAGAAAGCACUGUACAAAGAAACGAAAAUAAUGCAACGUGCCAAUGUGUCGCUAGUGCCUCGCUACAACGGUGAAAAUACGGGACUGCAAUCGACCAAAGCGAUCAUUGUUGAUCUGAGCAGUGUGCCACACGUGGAUACGGCCGCGUGCAAAAUGUUUACGGAGGUUAAAACCAAUCUGGAGCAGCUCAGCGUUUCACUGCUGCUGGCCACACCGGCCGACUGUGUGUACGAUGCUUUGCUGCAUGCGGAAUCGAUCGGCGAGGGCGGUUUUAACAUCUUUCCCACAAUCCACGACGCGGUCAUCUACGCUCAGGGAACCGAGUCUGCCGUGUAACGUAGGCUCGCAUAAAUCAUUCGAUAAAACUGCAAAGCAAAGUUAUGUGUGCCUUUAUCUACGAACAAAUGCGCGCAAAGCAACUGUUCUCGAUACGACAAAGGAUUAACCUGAUAGAAUUAGUCACUAAAGCACCGUGUGGAUGAUGUGAUGAUACAUUUGCUCACCCAUUACGAUACAGACUUCUGGUUCGUGAAGAGAAUGCCGACCGUAUAGCUCCAAAGCUCAGGAUACACUAAAAAAGUACUUUAUGUUUUAUGUUAAAACGGUUGCUAUUUAAAAGCAUCCCUGUUAACGUACUAUUUUCCAUUCAUACAGUUAGGAUCAAUCCACACGGGUACGCUAGAGUCUCGACCGGUCCCCACGGCAUAUCGUACAUCGUAUUUUGACGGUAUGAUACGAUUUCUUAACGUGCAUCGAUUGUGUAAAACAUAGAUUAGUCGUAAUCACAGACAUUAGAAGAACACAGUUUACAAUAAACAGGCGUCCUUUUUUAUACCUCA